AUGGAAAAGGUGGAUACCACGAAGCGUCUGUCGCAGCUGCGAGAAUUGAUGCGGAAGCAUGAACUUGAUAUCUACAUCGUCCCCUCGGAGGACAGUCACCAGUCGGAAUACAUUGCACCGUGCGAUGCGAGGAGGGCCUAUAUCUCUGGCUUCACUGGAUCCGCGGGCACGGCUGUCAUUACACUUGAGAAAGCUGCCCUGUCGACGGACGGGCGCUAUUUCAAUCAAGCUUCCAAGCAGCUCGAUGAAAACUGGCUGUUGUUGAAGCAGGGCAUGGAAGAUGUCCCCACCUGGCAGGAAUGGACUACAGAGCAGGCACAAGGCGGCAAAACUGUCGGCGUUGACCCUACCGUGAUUACAGCCAUUGAUGCUCGCAAACUCAGUGAAACACUGAAAAAGAAGUCACAUGCAACCCUGGUCGGAGUUUCGCAGAACCUGGUCGAUAAGAUUUGGACAGACAGGCCACCUAGGCCGGCAGAGAAGGUUAUUGUUCUCUCUGACAAAUACGCAGGCAAGCCUUACGAACAGAAACUCGAUGAGCUCCGCAAAGAGUUGAAGAAGAAGAAGGCAGUGGGAAUGGUCGUAUCAAUGCUUGACGAGGUCGCCUGGCUUUUCAACCUCCGUGGCAGUGAUAUCCCGUAUAACCCUGUGUUCUUCUCAUAUGCAACGGUCACACCGAGUUCGGCUACGCUGUAUAUUGAUUCGGCCAAGCUAGACAACGAAGUGCGAGAACACCUCGAUGGGACGGUCCAAAUCAAACCUUACGAUGACCUCUUUGGCGACCUCAUGGGCAUUGCCGAAACCGCAGUAAAUGAGAUUGAAGCUAACGGAGUUGCGAAACCCCGUUCCACCAAGCUUCUGCUGUCGAACAAAUCGUCUUGGGCGCUCUAUCUCGGCUUAGGGGGAGAAGACAAGGUCGAAGAGUCUCGAAGUCCCCUUGCUGAUGCGAAAGCCAUCAAGAAUUCCACCGAACUAGAGGGCAUGCGGCAAUGCCACAUUCGUGAUGGUGCUGCGCUGAUUGAAUAUUUCGCCUGGCUAGAAGAAGAGCUACAGAGUGGAUCGUGGCUCGAUGAAGUCCAGGCAGCAGAUAAACUCGAGGCAAUCAGGGCAAAGGGCGAGCAUUUUGUCGGGUUAUCCUUUGACACUAUUUCAUCAACGGGGCCGAACGCAGCCGUGAUACACUACUCACCCGAGAGGGGCAAUUGCUCGACAGUUGACGUGAAUGCCGUCUAUUUGUGUGAUUCCGGAGCCCAAUACCUCGACGGGACCACCGACACCACGAGGACAUUACAUUUCGGAACCCCCAGCGACAUGGAAAUCAAGGCAUACACGUUGGUGCUCAAGGGUGUCAUAGCUUUGGACCGAGCAGUCUUUCCCAAAGGCACCACAGGAUUCGCCAUCGACGUGUUCGCUCGCCAACAUCUCUGGCGCGAGGGACUCGACUACCGCCACGGCACCGGUCACGGUGUGGGUUCUUUCCUCAAUGUCCACGAAGGCCCCAUCGGCAUUGGCACGCGAGCCGCAUACUCGGAAGUCUCACUCAGCAUCGGCAACGUCAUCUCCAACGAACCAGGCUACUACGAAGACGGCAACUUCGGCAUUCGGAUCGAGAAUAUGAUGAUGGCUCGCGAGGCCAAGACGAACCACAAGUUCGGAGACAAGCCCUGGAUCGGGUUUGAGCAUGUCACUCUGGUGCCCAUGUGCAGGAAAUUGAUUGAUCCCAGUCUUCUGGAUUCGGAGGAGAAGCUCUGGUUGAACGAAUAUCAUCAGGAAGUGUGGGAGAAGACCAGUGGGUUUUUUGAAAAGGACGAGAGAACCACAAGGUGGUUGAAGAGGGAAACUGCUCCGUUGUGA